AUGGUUUCAGCCUCUGCUAAGGUGGAUGGCAAACUGCCCUGUCUGGUUGACCUCAACAAGUCUGUUAGAGAGCUCUGCCAACAACUUGCCCUCUUUUCCCAGUUUUUCAGCUCAAAAUGGGAGUCGCUGCUGGAGCUGCACAAGCGGCGGAAGGCGCUGAGCGAGCCCGAGGUGCGCUACUACCUGCGCCAGACCAUCCUGGGCUGCCAGUACCUCCACAGCCACCGCGUCAUCCACCGCGACCUCAAGCUGGGCAACCUCUUCCUCAGCGAUGAGAUGGAGGUGAAGAUCGGUGACUUUGGCCUGGCCACCAAAGUGGAGUAUGAUGGAGAGCGCAAGAAGACCCUGUGUGGGACCCCCAACUACAUUGCCCCAGAGGUGCUGGGCAAGAAGGGGCACAGCUUUGAGGUGGACAUCUGGUCCAUUGGCUGCAUCAUGUAUACCCUGCUGGUAGGGAAACCACCUUUUGAAACCUCUUGUCUAAAGGAAACUUAUAUCCGAAUUAAGAAGAAUGAAUAUACCAUCCCCAAGCACAUCAACCCUGUAGCUGCUAACCUCAUCCAGAAGAUGCUGAGGUCUGACCCUGCCACACGCCCAACUAUCGAUGAGUUGCUGAAUGAUGAAUUUUUCACAUCAGGAUACAUCCCUAACCGCUUGCCCACCAGUUGUCUCACCGUCGCACCUAGGUUUUCAAUUGCUCCCAGUGGGCUUGAACUGAAUGGGCGAAAGCCAUUGACUGCACUCAACAAAGGACCAGACAGCCCUGCACUAGAGAGCUUGCCUGAAAAAGAUGAUGUAGCUGGGCUGCGGGAGCUGGGAGAUGCUGUUGACUGUCACUUAGUGGACAUGUUACAGCAGUUGACUGCAGUCAACUCAGCCAAGCCAUCUGAGAGAGUGGCUGUGAGACAAGAAGAGGCUGAAGAUCCAGCCUGCAUUCCUAUCUUCUGGGUUAGCAAAUGGGUGGACUACUCAGAUAAAUAUGGUCUAGGUUAUCAGCUGUGCGACAACAGUGUUGGAGUUCUCUUCAAUGACUCCACUCGUCUCAUUAUGUACAAUGACGGGGACAGCUUGCAGUACAUUGAGCAAAACAGCACAGAGUCCUACUUCACUGUGAGAUCCUAUCCCUCUGCCUUGAACAAGAAGAUAACACUAUUGAAAUACUUCCGGAAUUAUAUGAGCGAGCACCUGCUGAAGGCAGGUGCUAACAUCACGCCUCGGGAAGGAGAUGAGCUGGCUCGUUUACCCUACCUCUGCACAUGGUUCCGGACCCGCAGUGCCAUCAUCCUGCACCUCAGCAAUGGCACUGUGCAGAUCAACUUCUUCCAGGACCACACCAAAGUCAUCUUGUGCCCUCUCAUGGCUGCUGUCACAUACAUAGAUGAGAAACGGGACUUCCGCACAUACAAGCUUAGCCUCAUUGAGGAACAUGGAUGCUGCAAGGAGCUGGCCAGUCGGCUCCGCUAUGCUCGCACCAUGGUGGAGAAGCUCCUCAGCUCAAAGUCUGGCUCAGCCCGCUUGAAACCCUCUGCUUAGGUCUUGGUCUUGAUGAACUUGACAUCUGUGCCAAACUGUUCCAGCUGUGGAUAAGGGGAGUCUAGUAGCAUCCCUGCUUGCACUGUAACCUCUCAUCACCCAGCUGGGCUCCCACUCCUGAGUACGGUCUAGUUGCCACGAGGGAGCCUCUGAUGCUGUGGGAAUGGUGCUGUGUUUACUCUGGUGCCCAAGGGUGUUUCUUGCUCCCACUCCCAAUAGAAAGUCUAUUUUUUAUUAUCUAGUCUUUUUUCUAACUUCCCAAAACAAAAAGCCUGACUCAAAAAAACAAACAAACAAAAAAACCCCCAAAAAACCUAAACCUCUUAUCUGAGGUUCCUGGGCCUUCUCAUGAGAGACCAGAGCGUGGGGAGGGCAGAAUUAUCAUGUAAGUUAUUUGUACAUGUUUGUGCCUUAUGCUCUGGGCUUUUGUUUCUUCUUGUAGUGAUUCACCUAAGAUAUUUAACAUGCCCAGGUUGAGACUGAGCAAUCAGCCUUUUAAUACUGAAAUUAAUCUAUGUGAAACCUAAACUUUUGUAUAUUGCAUAACUUGAUUAAAGAUU